CUUUUCCUAUGGACGCUCUGACUCUGAUUUGUUUGUAGCAUGGUGAUUUACUUUUUCACACUGGUCGCUUUGCAGCGCUUUUGCCUGUUGCUUGCUGGUGUGUGCGGGAUUAUUGAUCGUGUAACAUUCUCGUGUGGAUUCCUACCGAACGUUAACAUUCAGCGGUGCUCCGUGAGCUCGCUGGCUUAAGUAGGAAGUUGCCAACUUCCUGCCCAGCUGAGACCAUGACUAAAUACAGCUGCACCAUGGAGAUCACCAACUCCAGCUCCAGCGUCCUCUUGGACCCAGGGAUGUACAUGCCGAGCGGGCAAUGCUCCGUUCCCCCGUCACCCCUUCUGAUGUCAGGCUCCAGCGGCAGCGUCUCCGUCACCGGCCCCUUUGGCCUCGACUUUAUGGCUGUAUUCACCUACAACCUGCCUGGCCAAUGCAUGCUGGCCGUCUGGUUCCAAGUGUUUUCCUUAUCCAGAAAAGGACCAAACGACUUCGCUGUGGCCAUCAUUGACCGGACCAAGUGCGACCACAAUCUCCUCAAACUCAUGACCAAGGGCUCAGAGAAAGGCCCUCUGAAGGCCAGCAAGGCGAGUGUCGCCUGUAACGGCUUUGUGGUCCGAGCCACCAUGUCUGACACAUUCAAUGCCGUGCUGAAGGUGGACGUCAGCAACGUUCCCCUUUAUAACUAAGGGGUGAAGGUCGGCUCUGUGUGAAGACCCCCUGUAGUUUCAACCACAUCAAUCAGAUGGUCGUCAUGAAACCAGGUUUUAAAAUCAAUACACAACAAUUGGUGUCUGUGUAGGUUACCCUCUUAAUAAAUGCAUUAAAGCCUUAAACACGAUAAUCAAGUGUUGUGUCAAUACUUACACCUCUGCUUAUCUUAAUUCUUUACUUAUUUUGUUCACAUUACCACAUUUUUCAAAAAUAAGGCCGCAUUUAUUUUAACGCCUCUGCUUUUCGCCUAACGCCUCUCAGGGCGCAAAUGUAGGCCACAACGACUCUACGAGUGGGGGUUUACUGGAGCGCUCUGUCCGGUUUCGUCAGAGGUCCCCACACUUACCCAAUCAAAGGACGGAAGAGUGAGUAGGAAGAGUGAGGGAUGAGUGCUGGAGGAUGAACCCCGCGUGAUGUUCCCGUCCUGAUGAUUAACAAGCCCUUAAGAGCGUUGCCGUGUGACUUGUUUGCUCAGGUACAGGUGUGGUCCAACCUUCUGGUGAGUUCCAGGGAGGGAACAGGGAUGGGGGGGAGCCAAUCAGAAGGAGCGACACUGAGGCGGGGCCAAUGAGAGGCAGUGAUAGUGCAUGUGGGAGAUAAGGUACAAGUCGCCUGGCACCACCAGGUCUUGAUUACCUGAGUCAAUAAAACCUCAGGUUGGUGAGAGGUGCAGCACAAGGUGACCGGUACCCAUUCAGAGCAACACUCUUCAAGCCCAACACUCGGACCUCCUCAUCGUCGCUGGCUCAUCUUCUGCAAACUCUUCCAGGCCCUCUUGUCAUAUACAUACGCUCCGUUUCGGAAGUGAAACAGCCCAGCAGAGAACAUGCCUCACCGCAGCUGCACCGUGGAGAUCAACAACUCCUCUGGGUCGUACAGCCUCUCUGACCCCAGGGUGUUCAUGGAGAGCGGGUGCUGCGAGGUGCCCCUGCCCCCCAUGGUCGGCCCGUGCUCCCAGGCCAGCGCCUUCUUCAACAAGACGGAGGGCGCGGCCACGGGCGCGGUGGGCGUGUUCACCUACAACCUGUUCAACUACGAACUCAACGACUACAGCCACGUGCUGGCCGUCAUGUACUCCGUGCCCUACGACCGCAUCCUCUACUCCAACUGGUGCGCCGUGGGCGUGUUCGAGCGCGGCACCGAGUGCGACUACAGCCUGUACGACGCCUUGUACAACGGCUCCGAGGACCGCUUCGCCCGCGCCAAGGCCGACGGCGGGGGCGUGUCCUACGAGGGCGACUACGUGGUGGUCGGCGCCUCCAUGUCUGACUCAGGGGAGGCCGUGGUGAGGGUGGACAUCAACGACCUGGGCAUGUACUAGGGUCGGGAGGUGGAGGAGGGGGAAGAGGUGGAGGAGUGGGGGCUGGACUAGGGCAGGGGGAGGUGGAGGAGGUGAGCUAGACUAGGACAGGGGAUGUGGAGGAAGGGUAGUGCUGUGUGUGUGGACCCUCCCGUGGUUUCAAUCAUAUCGUAUAUUGAUAAUAAAAGGUAAUAAUGAUAAAGGUAAUCGUUAUCUUUUAACCGGUGCACUAAAGCCCACUAACGUCAUUCAACAGCGGUUGGCGUCAUUCUUUAUUGCUAGGAAGUCAUUUAUCAUUUGAAUUAAAGAAAUUAUAAUUUUA